AUGAACUAUACACGUACAGAGCGAAAAGAAGAAUCUCCCCAUUCAAGACUUUUUGUUGUUUGUAACAAACAAUUACGAGAAGAUGACUUACUAUCACGAUUUGAAUGUUUUGGAACUAUAGAGGAUUUGUAUAUGCCAAAAGACCGUAAUUCAGGGGAAUCCAAGGGCGUUGCUUACAUUAAAUACAAUAAAACAUCAUCAGCAGCUGCUGCUAUUAAAGAAUUACAUUUAAAAGUCACGGGUAAUGACAAUAAGCCUAUGAAAGUUAUGGUAGCAGUAGGUAAAAAUGAAAGUACACAAAAUGAAAACGAAGACAGAUACAAAAGAUUAUUCAUUAAAGUUCAUAAGGAUGCAACAGAGUCUGAAAUAAGACAACAUUUUAUUAACUUUGGUCAUGUAGAAUCAGUUCACUUACAAAGGGAUAAAGUAACUGAUGUUUGUAAAGGGUUUGCAUAUGUUCAAUAUAAAACAUUCUAUGAUGCUGCUAAAGCUUAUGAAGAAUGUGAUAAAAAAUAUAGAGCAGUAUUUGCCACCCCAAGAGAUGUUCUAAAACGUAGUAGAAAUAGUUCAGAUACUGACAACAUGAUUGUGCCAAAAAAUACUUAUAAUAACUUUAAUGAUAGAUAUAACCCACCAGAAUUUGCAUUCAAUAGAAAUGAAUCUUUCAAUGCUCAUGCAUCAGGUCACUCUGAAGAUUUUAACUCCAUCAUUGUAAAAUGUACACCCCAGGUGCCUCAGAAAUGUAUAGAGCAACUUUUUAAUAUUAUCCCUGGACUUGUACAAUUUCAAUAUUCACUGGAUACAUAUAGUGGUAUCUCCAAAGCACUAAUAACUUACAAAGAAAAAAGAUAUGCAGAAUAUGCAAUUGUUAAGUUAAACAACUUUGAAUUUCCCUCGGGGGAGAUAAUUUCAGUUAGACCAGAUAAGAAUCCUUUGAGCAUGGCUGCUACUCAUUUAUCAAGUAUUGCAAAUAAUUUUAAAAUUGCAGUAGAUUCUGGAACACCUGAUUUAAAGCAGCUGGCAGAUGCUAUUGCUAAAGCAUCAUCUUUAAUUAAAGCUGCUUCUAAUCAGGUUGACAUAGAAGAGCCCCAAGAUUUCAAGUACUGUAGUGUCAGUCUUCCAUCACCAAAGCCUAUGGUUGAUAUCAAUAGCAGGGUUGCUCAAAGGCUAUUUAUUAUCUGUAAACCUCACCCUCCACCAAUAACAACAUUACAGGAUGUUUUUUGUCGCUUUGGAGAUCUCAUUAAUGUAUCAACGAUACCUAACAAAACUUUUGGGUUUGUCAAAUAUGCAUCUUCAAGUUCUGCUCAGGAAGCAAUGAAACAUUUAAAUGGGGCAACUGUCACUGGUAUAAAACUGAAGGUAUUGGAAGCUGAUGAGAGGCCAUUGAAAAGUGAAAAUGAUCAAAAUGAAAAUACUGACUACGAUAAAGACAGCAAGAGAAUGAGACUUACCGACAAAGAC